AACAGUUCUUGCUGUGAUAUCAAUUCAAGACAUUUGGCGGAUUGGUCAUGUCAGUUGAGUUACCUGAAGCUAAAGCUGAUACUCUCCAAGAAGUUUUCUCAGACAAGUUCCAGUAUAUCAAUCUAGAUCAUUAUAAUAUUUAUCAUUUCGAGGAAAUUUUGAUUGAUGGUCGACGAUAUCAAUUCCGAUUAUCUUCUAAAGGUGAUUUAAUGACAGUGGUCACUCAUAUAGCUGGAAGAGCUGUUCUUUUGGUAUCUGUAUGGACAAAUAUGGAUUAUGAGAAACGUUUACGUGAAAUCCAUCAGCACAUUUUAGAAAUGGAACGUACUGGGACUAUUCCUAUCGAUUUUCGAGACCCAGGAAAAUUGAAAGGUCUUCGUGAGAAAAUAUUCAGAUAGAUCUAGUCAACCAAACCUAUUGAUCCGUUACAUUUGAUGAGGUAUGCUUGGUCGAGGAGGUGGAGGAAAUGAACAAACGGUAUCAUAAUUCCUAACUUCUCUCUCUCUCUCUCUCUCUCUAUAUAUAUAUAUAUAUAUAUAUAUAUAUAUAUAUAUAUAUAUAUAUAUAUAAUGUAUUUAAACUGUGUCGUGCACUUUUUUAUAUUUCCUUGUCUUGUACAUAUGUAUAUUUCUAGAAAUACGAUCUUUCGUUAUAAAAAUGUUAUUUUUCUUUUA